AUGUCUUCUUCAUAUAGACUGCAGCCCCUGAGCCUCGUGUUUCUUUUGGGGAUGGGGAUGGCAUCGGAGAGGAUCAACUGCGCGAGGAGGUGCAGCUGUCAGUACCUGGAAGUGAACUGCACAGGGCAGCAGCUGCAGGAGUUCCCUGCAGCCAUCCCACUGGACACCAGGCAGCUGAUUCUGGCAGCAAACAAUGUCUCGUACCUGCCGGCGGUGGAACUGAGCUUCUUAGCUGAUUUGGUCUAUCUGGACUGCAGGAAGAAUCUCUUGGGGGAUGACCUGGAUUUCACUUUCAUUGGUAUGGCCAAGCUCAUCUAUUUGGACCUCAGUUUCAACAACCUCACACAGGUCACCUUCAGCACCUUCUCACAUCUCCUCAGCCUGGUAGUGCUGAAGAUCUCAGACAAUCCCAACCUUGUGUCCAUCGAGAAGGAUGCUUUCACCAACAACACCUGGCUGAGGCACCUGGAUAUAAGCCGGACGGGCUUAACAUUCCUGGACACUAGCACUGUCCGGGACCUGCCCAACCUGCGGUUUCUGGGGCUCAGUGACAACCUGUGGCACUGCAACUGUUCCUUUUUGGACUUCAUCACCUGGAUGACAGAGAGCAGCGUUCGUUUUCCAGACGCUGAGAACAUCACCUGCCACAGCCCAGAGGGCCUGCGGGCCCUGGAGGUGCCUGCGGUGGAGGCACAGCUCCGCCUCAGCUGCCUGACCCAGCUGCACAAGCAAGACUACAUCUUCCUGUGUCUCAUUGGCUUCUGCAUAUUCUUUGCUGGCACCGUGGCGGCCUGGCUGGCUGGCAUCUGUGCUGUCAUCUACGAAUUCCACACUUCAAAGAAGGAGGAGGAGGAGGAGGAGGAAGAGGAGGAGGAAGACACGGUCUCUUAG